CUGGGGGCGCGUCCGCAGAGGGAAGCGGGUUACAAUUUCAAACCCAAACAGUCAAAGAGGGACGAGCCAGUGCACGGCGGGAUUAUAACGUGUUGACCAAACAGUGUCGGUGUUUGAUUUAGUACGUCGUUAGAACGUGCCGCGAAAAAAAGUCGCCCGCCGUUGCGUCUUUGCUCCAGUUCUCCGCGCCGUGCUGUAUCUGGCAAACAGACGCUUGGCUUGUUUGUUACAAGUCUUCCCCAAUUCGAACUCAUUUGCAAAUAAAUUAAAAGCAGGCACUGCGUUUUAAAUAGCAAACACUUUCUGCACGAAAAUGCCCAGGACUAACAGGCAAAAGGAAUACAAACCUGGUGAUCUUGUGUUUGCUAAAAUGAAGGGCUAUCCACACUGGCCUGCGAGGAUUGACGAGUUACCUGAAGGAGCAGUUAAGUCGACCUCUAACAAACUCCGGGUGUUCUUUUUUGGAACACACGAAACGGCAUUCCUGAGUGCCAAGGAUUUGUUCUCCUAUGAUGAAUAUAAGGAGAAGUUUGGGAAACAGAACAAGAGGAAAGGCUUUGCUGAGGGACUGUGGGAGAUUGAGAACAACCCCACUGUGACACAUGAAGACUAUGAGUCAUCAAAGAAGGACAAUGCUUCAGAAGGAGCAGGGGAUACUGCUGGUUCAGAGAAAGCUGAUGCAGAGGGCAGCAGUGAUGAGGAUGAAGGGGCCCUGGUCAUCGACGAGAAGAACGAGAGGGGUGGCACCAAACGAAAAGCAGAGGAGUCCACAGAGGCAUCUCCGAAGCGGCUGAAAGAUACAGGAGCAGAAGCUGACUCUAAAGCAGACAACAAUAAGUCUAACACAGACGCCAAGGUCAAUGAUGUGGCCGGACCCAAGGCAGUUGCUCUCUCUUCAGAGAGCGAGUCAAAACCAGAGGCCCAGGAAAAUGCCCCAGCUGGAGGCCAACUAACAGCAGAUAAGCCUGUGACAGAUAGUGCUUAACAUCAAAUCACAGAAGAAACACAAGAAACUUUGACUCUUGGAACUGAAGUGUCACCAUGGUUAUCUGCAGGAUGCCAGAUUUCAACUGUUUAAUUAAUGAGAAAAUUCAAAAAAAAAAAAAAAACCUUAAGUGUUUGUACUAAGAGAAAAGCAAAUCUUCAUUUGUCACUUUUGGGGUAUCAUAUAUCCCAGAAACAAAGUUUGCUAAUCUGAUUUCAAACAAUUGAACUGAGCACUUUAGGGCUCAUUUAUAUUGGGAUUUUGGUGUAUAUAUAUUUUUUAUUUCUAAGUGCAAUUACAUAAUUACAAAGACUAAAUGUUAGGUGUCAAAACAUUUUUUUUUUCAGUUUAAAGGGAAUAAACACUGAAAAUAUAGUAAAAAAUAAAUUUAAAAAAUAAAACAUUUAAGCAAAAAGAUUUAAAUUUAUUUGACAAAUGCUUCAUUUUGAUGGUUUUAAAACAUGGAUAUUGUACAGGAAAAAAAAGAACAAAAAUUCUCCCAUGUUCUUAGCUUUAGUUCUUAAAUGACAAGGUUUUACUUGCAUUUGUUUCAUCUAGCUUCUCAUGUAUUCACUCAUAGAAUGUGACUUGCACUUUCAGAGCCUUUUCUUCCCUGCCUAGUUCACGAGAAUAUUUUAAUGCAGCAGGUUUGUUUGCAUCGUAGAAUGCUUAUUUGCAGGUGACCAAAUUACGUGAUUAAAUGCACAUGAUCCCAAAUGUAGCCUGCUUGGCUUCUAAAUUUAUUGAAUUAAUGAAACCCAUGUUUAAUUGAACAGUUUUUAAGAAAACCCUCUGUAAAUUUCGGUGUGUAUUACAAAAAGCAGAAAGACAUUCCUGAAUGUUUUAGUGUGAAGUCAAGGUGGUGUAAUGGCAUUUUUUUUGAGAGGGAAAUUAAAAAGUUAACUCUUUUGUCUGAUGGAUGUCUUUGGCAAACUCUAAUCCAUUAACUAUGUUUCUUGUUGUGAUUUCCAAUUAAGGUCACAUUAAUCUGCCAUUGCUUGAUACUGGUGAUGUAACUCCAUUGAGCAAGUAAUUGCAUUCAGUAAUGGAUUGUACCAAAAACCUUUAAAAUACAUUGUUGACAUUUUAAUACCAACAUGUGAUAAUCUCUUACUCAUUAUUUUUGUUUAUAUAAGAAAGAAUCCACAGAGUGAUCAGUCAGUUUUGUUUCUGCCCCUCCUAACUGGAAUAUGAGUCUGUUUUACUUCAGUGGUCUUAUUUUUAUUUUGGCUGUGAAGCAAAGUAGUGAUGUUUUUAAAGAUGUGUUUAAUUCACAUUUGUUGAAUAUGUUUGAACUUGAUCAUGUGUAAAGUGUGGUGUUGUCAUUUUCUGCGCUAUGUAAUAUCUAAGGUUCAAGUUUUUGUUGUUUCUUUUUAAAAAAAAAAUACUUGACCGUGUCACAAUGUUACUUGGAUGUCCUUGUCAUUGCUUCAGUGUUCUGUAAUUGGCAACAUGAGGCUACAGUUGAUCAACUCAAUAACCUUAGGGAAGUCACAACUCUUAAAAAAGAAAAGAAAAAAAAAAAAGUACUUUUGCUGUUGUGUCCAAGACGGUCACUUUCCCAUCACCACACCACUGAUUUCAAAAUAACUACUUCAAAUGUCCCUCUCAGACCUGUAGUUAAUCCCAAGGGUAUGAUAUGGUAUUCAAGUGUAAAUCUGGGGUUUAGCUUUCUGUGUUACUUUUGGAAGCUGCCACUCAUCUUAAUCUGCUGCUUAGUUUACUGUUGUAGUUGCCAGUCCAUUUAAUAAACCAGUUGAUUACAAAAA